GUACUGGUUGUCUCCAGUCCCGAUUGGUUCAGUUCAGACUGCAACCCAGAGGAAAGAAGAAGACACAUCUCCUCCUUGAUUACUUUGUCCAGCCCGGGACCGCAUGCUUUCUUGUUGUGCGUGCCUGUGAACCAGCCGGCUGAUGGCGAAACCAAAGCACUUGAUGUCCUGGAGAAUCUGUUAGGCCCCUCCGUGGUCAGCGGAAACACCAUCAUCCUCUUCACCAACAUGGAUGAGCUUGAGGAGGACGAGAAACUGGAGGAUUACCUCGUCACGUGGCGCAAGGACCUCCGCACGCUGCUGGAAAGAUGUGGCGGUCGAUAUCACACCCUGGAGACCCGGACUGGAGAAUCGGAGGAGAGCAAAGCCGUUGAGGAGCUGCUCGAGAAAGUUGAGCAGGUGGUGAAAGAGAGCGAGGCUCAGUACUUUAGCUGCCCUCUGUACCAGGAAGUUAGUGAACAAGUGAGGAAGAGGCAGCUGGAAAUAGUGAGACGAAGGAUGGAGGAAGCACAUGGUGACCCUUCUUCCAUUGCACACUCAGAGGUGACUGAUGACGACAUGGAGGCAGUCCUGGAAGAGGCAGAAAGAAGCAUCGGAGUUCUAAAUUUGGACUUAGAUCAUGUUUUCCCCUCUUCCAGCAUCUCACCUUCCUCUCCAGUCGCGUUGUCUUUCCGAGCCUUGUGGGACAAACUGGUGGGAUGGUUAAAGUGGCUGCCCACUCUGGUGAGAAGGGAGGCCUUGCUUGGAGCUCUGGUCGGGCUCUUUGUUGGUGGGCCCGUUGGAGGCAUGGUGGGUGCCACUGUGGGCUCAGUUGCUACAGAAGUGGGCAGGAGAAAAGCGCAGAAAGCAAAAUAAUGCUGAUCAUACGAGUGGACGCUGUGUCUUUUAUGCCUUCGUUUGCACCUUAAAAUCUCUUCACUGUGCUGCUAAGCUAACCAGCUCACAUGACCUGCUGCUGUAUGGAAACCAGCUUCUCAUGACACACUCUAUAUGUCAUUGCUUCUUUCCCGGUGAAAAAAAAAGGCAAUUAAUAAAAGCAGUUUGGUUUGCCCUGUUCGAGUUUCAAGCUCAG